GGCGGAGGAGAGGAGCCGGGGGAGGGUGGCCUCCCCAGCGGGUCCCACGACCGCGCUCCUCCUGACGGUGUUUCCGGGAGCGUGCGUGUGCCGUGGCGGAGGGAAAGCCGGGAUGUGCGUCCGGGUUGGGCCGCCGCCGGCUCCGCGUCUCCUGGCUGCCCGCCUCGGCGGAGGCGCCCCUCUCGCCUGACACGCGCGCAGAACCCGGCGAGGGACGCCGCUGGGCUUGGAGGGGGGCUGGGCCAGGCUGCAGCUCCGCGCGGCCUGCCUGGGCGGAGGAGGAUAUUGGGAAAUCCUAGCUAAGGUUUUGAAGUAACAGCAGCCUUUUGUGAUUUGCCAAGAUGUUGGAGGAAGAUAUGGAAGUGGCCAUCAAAGUGGUCGUGGUCGGGAAUGGAGCUGUUGGAAAGUCCAGUAUGAUCCAGAGAUAUUGUAAAGGGAUUUUUACAAAAGACUACAAGAAAACGAUUGGAGUUGAUUUCCUGGAAAGGCAAAUUCAAAUCCAUGAUGAAGAUGUUCGACUGAUGCUAUGGGACACAGCAGGACAAGAAGAAUUUGAUGCAAUUACUAAAGCUUAUUACAGAGGAGCCCAGGCUUGUGUUCUUGUGUUUUCCACCACCGACAGAGAGUCUUUUGAAGCAAUCCCUAUCUGGAAGGAGAAAGUAGUAUCUGAAGUUGGAGACAUUCCUACAGUGCUUGUUCAGAAUAAGAUUGACCUCCUGGAUGAUUCUUGUAUAAAGAAUGAAGAAGCAGAAGCAUUGGCAAAAAAGCUAAAAUUAAGAUUCUAUCGAUCAUCUGUAAAAGAGGACUUAAAUGUAACAGAAGUUUUUAGAUACUUGGCUGAGAAAUACCUUCAAAGACUCAAGCAACAAACAAUUGAAGAUCCAGAAGUAGUGCACACAAGUAGUAACAAAAUUGGUGUUUUCAACACAGCAGGUGGAAGUCAUUCUGGCCAGAAUUCUAACUUGCUUAAUGGUGGUGAUGUCAUCAACCUUAGGCCAAACAAGCAGAGGACCAAGAAAAACAGAAGCCCACUUAGCAACUGCAGCAUACCCUAAUACUACUACCUAGAGAAGAAAAGACAGUCUGACAAAGCUGUUCUACUAAAGUCUGUAAAGAACACAGCUGGCUGUAGAGGGGUUUUUACCAGUGCUUAGGAUCCCACACUGAAUGUGGAUAUUGCUGUUGCAAUCAACUGUUGUUCUUAUUGGUGUAUAGUGAGACCCCUGGUGGGACAAACAGAACCAUUGCCCCAUGUUUCAUUUUACAUUGAACAGGACAACUUUCCAGUUGAAAGGUAUGAUGUCUUAAAGUGUAUGAUGUCUUAAACAAUAGAAAUCACUAUUUAAAAAGUUAAGCUGUGUGCUUAAAAAUCAGUACUGAUAAUCCUGUCUUAGAAUGGGUCCCCCCCUCCCCUACUUAGCUGUAUGGUUCAUUAGGCAAGAUACUUAAAACUAAACAAACUAUGAAUGUCCGUGCUAAUUAAUCUACCCCACUACACAUUCUAGCAACAUCAGCAUGGUGCAAUACUUUGUAUAGCUUAUGAAUUUUAAUUGCAAUGUGUGAAUUUAGAUACUUGAUCUAAAAUUCAAGCUAAAUAUAAACAGGUACUGGGUCCAGUAAUGAGAACUUCAAAAGUGGCACCCUAAAUUUUCAAUGAACCUUUCCUAAAUGGUACUGUGCAUACUUAGAACGUAUCCCUAUCCUGUGGGCCUUAACUUUUCAUUUUAAAAAAUGUGCUGUGCCAAAAACAAUUUUUAAUGCUGCUACACUUAUUUUUGUCAACUUAGUUUUAGAUAUUCUUUCUAAAUUUUAAUAGCAAAUUAGAUUAAGUGGCACAGCCAAACUCAUAAAGCUGUUCCUUUUUUGAAAAUAGAACUCUAUAUAGCUUUAUAUAUUAAUAUGCUUCUAAUUUUGAAAAAAUAUUGAAACAUAAAGAUGCUACCAAAAGAUUAAGAUUCUCUUGAGCAAUUUCUCCAGUGUAUCCUAGAUAUCUGUUGUACAUUCCAGCUGGAACAAGUAAGGCCCUUUUCCUGCUCUGUCAUUUAAAGAUUCACUCUGCUGUUAACCACACUGUAUGAAUGUAAUACUGAAAUCUUAUGUAUACUUACCUGAGAGAAAGCCCCACAGAGUUGAUGAUGAUUUCUCCUGAGUAACCCAUACAUAGAAUCAGGCUAUUGUCCUAAAGAUUGGUGUACCUGAUCCAAACUUUGCAUUUCAUGAAUGGAAGCACUUCCUAUUAAUAGAAAAACCUAUUCUGUGAGUGGAAAAAUUUCUUCUGCAAGAUCAGUGGGAAAACCUUAUUCCUAAUUUUCUUGUUGAAGCAUGCAUCUACAACAUUGUUUCUGUUUACAUGUUAUGUAAUAUUUUUACAAUAUUUCUGUAACAAUGUCCUACUAGCAGCAAGUUGCUAUGUUUCCAAAAAAUGUUGGAUUAUCAGUCAUUUUGGAGCAUAGUUAUAAUCAAGGUGAAGUAACAUGACCUGGAGCUUUUGCUGCUUCAGUUGAAUUGUACACUUGUUUUGGAUUUUAAUCUCUCUUUUAUGAAUAUUAUUUAGUUACCACAUCAGCUCUUCUUACAAACUGUAUUCAUCAACAUUGAAAAAUUGCAUUUACUUAGGUUAUCCUCCCACAGUAUCUUGUUAUGCUUUGGAGAGAGCUUCUAAUGUUCCAUGAAUUUAUACAUAAUCUACUAUCUAUACAUUUCAAUAGAGUCUUGACCCAACUCAUAAAAUAGGCUUGAAAAGCAGGUAGUUAUUUGCUGUUCAGAUUUGUAUACAAUUCCCUUUGCUUUUAUGGUAUCUCCUGUUGCUGGCAAUGAGGUGGGCAGUCAUCAACCCCUUCCUUCAUUUAAAAGUGUUGGACCAAGUCCCUAACUUGAUUUUUUAAAGAAGUGCAUUUAACUGCUGGGUGACUGUACAUGUAUUUGUCUUGCUUAUGGGACAAUUGCCGGGGGUAUGCAAAGGAGGAAUUGUCCACUAAGUUCAACAACCCUUGUUCAAAAUCUAGGCUCUGUGUACAUUUAUUUUUUAUAUGAAAAUUUUUACAUUAAAAUAGUAGCCUUACAUUUUUUGUACUCCUGAACAGAAUGACUCUGCUCUGUUUUUUGUCUUGUUUGCCUUUGUAUAAAAUAGUACAAACCUAAAGCCUGUUUAUUAUAUGUGAUUGCCAUUUGUGCUGCUGUGUUGUGAAGGCCUUCACAUUGACUGUUUUCAGAACUGAAACAGAAUUGAUUUGAUCACUUAAAGUAGGCUUAACAUUGUCUUAAUUUCAACUACAUCUUAGAUGUGCCUAAGUAUUUUUAGGGCUGGGGCCUGAUUUUAUUUUAUUUUAAAUCCAAACAAUAAUUAUAAAAAGUCUUUUUCAUUGUCAGUGUAGAUGCACCCUUAAAAGUGUAGGACAAAGUAACACAAAAUGCUAUCAGUCUUCUUAGUAAUGGAUUUUAUUCAUGUGUGUUAGUGGAAUAUUAAACGCUAGUGCCCUAAUCCAGAGGCUUUCACACACAGCAGUAGGCUAUACACAUGCUGCUCAUGAUAGUCUCCCUACCAACUGGAUGGUUGGUGCUGCCAGCUUUGAUAGUGCUGAUCACCUGGAGAUUUUAAGGUCAGGGGAAAGAAAGAGGUAUGUCCAGUUGGUACUGCAAAUACCUCCCAAUUUGUAAUUGGUGUUGCUGGCACUUAGUCCUGACAAUCUAUCUUGUGUACACGUAGUCCCACCCUAGCAAAGGACAUUAUACAUAUAUCCCUGAGUAAGAGUUUCUUUCCCUGCUUUACAGAACACAAUCUGUAAAGAUAAUCUGCAUGCUGGAACCUGUUCUCAGACGUGUUGCAUUGAGGUUUAAGGACUUAACAUGAAGAUGCACUGCAGCUUGACAGUAGUUCCCAUGAACUGGAAAUAUAGUCAACUGUUAUUUAAAGGAAAACAUUCACAAUUAUUUUUAUCUUGGAUGUAAUGUAGAAUGUCUUUGUUGGACACUAGUUAUUCUCAAGCCAUUGGAAGUGCCUCUUAAUGAUUAUAGUGUAGCUUGCCUGAAUGUAUGUUUCAAAGUACGAGGUACUAUAUGAAAACAAAAAUAACUGAAUUAAUGUGUCUAGUUUUUCACCACAUAUAGGACACCAUUAUAUUUUCUUUUGUAUCCUCUGAUAGAAAGAGAGAAUAGGCAAACACAUUGCACAGCUCAGUUUUGUGCCCUUCACAGAGUGCAGCCCUUAAGGUGGAGGUGGAAAGAAGGUAUUUUGUGUUCCUCUGGGGGGGAUUGCCAAGUGUCCUCUAGUUGCUGGCAUUUUAUUUUUUUUACAAAGAUUGCAGUUAGGUGGACCUAUUUUGUUCUAGCAAGAGUGCAUACUUGGGCUCAUUUAAGACAGGUUUGUUAUGCCUUAACUGAAUAGAUUGUGAGCAUGCCCUUUGGCUUUUUAAUUUAAAUCGUCUGUGGACCAUAUCAAUUUUAGGUUUGGUUUUAGGUUUGGUUCUAUUGGUCAAACACACUAUAUAAGGAUGGUUGGUACACCCCGGCAUAUAAAUCAUGCUUUUGAACAAUUUAUCUUGAUCAGUUAAGUAUUUGUUCAUUAUUUACAUAUUACCUUGCUCGUGAAUAUUCAGGCUUGAAUCUGCAAAAGUGAGUCAUAUUGUACUUCUUCAUCUGUAUUUAAACCACAGUAGAUUGCUAAACAUUUUCUAACUCACUAGCCGAAGAGUAGCUGAUGCAAAUAACAUGGCAUCACAUAAUUUACUGCAUUCUACCAACCUCCAUGUCUCUAUCAAAAUAUGCCUAAAAGAAUCACCUGUGUAUACCUUUAAAGGUCCUCAGAAAACUUCCAACAUCUAUUUGCCUAUGUGCUAUGUAUUGUGCAAAUGCUUAAUUAGUAAUGAGAACAACAAGCAUGAGUUUAAAACAUCACAAGCUGUUGUAGAAAGAUGACUAAAAUAUUGCCGUCCAUUCAGUUUAAAAGUGUAUUGUGUUUGUUCCUGAGAGUCUGACAGACAUAACACUUAACUAUGGUUAGUACUAACCAUGUUUCAGUGCCUUAAUCCUGGUUAAGAUUUCAAAUGCACAGUGACACCAUGGCUUAGCUUUCCAAGGCAAAUCCUGCCCCUUGACAGUUUGUGUUCGAGAAGACACCAGUGAGAGACCUGCUGUUUCCUUGCAAGCAGAUGGAUAAACAAACUGCUUUAACUGUGGCUUGCUCAGUGCAGAUGUGAUGCUUAACUAUGGUUAAUGCCAACUGUAGUUUGCAAACCGACUUCAAACCAUGGUUUCACAUCCUGCCAAUCCUUAAUGAUGAUUUUAGGUAUUCAGACAUAAUGCUUAGCCAUGAUUAAUUAAAACAAUCCAUGCUUAAGUGAUAUGUCUGCAAGAGCUAUUCUGACCUUAAAGGAAAGGGACACAUAAUUGAGAAUAUUCUUCCUAAAUAUCAUGGUUGAUAUUGAGUGGUCUGGUAGGCUUGUGAUUGUAAAUUGCUCCAAAUACUACUUUACAAAUUGGUCUGGAAGUUCAAAUUGGUCUUUAUUAUUAGUUCAUUGUAGUAAAAGUGACUGUCAAAUUGCAAGCUGCUGUUAAACUAAAUGGUUAAAACAAAUUGUGUAUUUGGUUGUUACAGCACCCUAUCCCCACAUCAAUGUAACUUCUUAAUUUUAAGGAAACGUGUCAGUAUGACCUAUGGUUAGUCUUUGGACAUUGGGGGCAGGGUGGGAGAAAUAAAUUCUUUGAACUUAAA